AGCUCCUCUCUCUCUUCUCUUGUCGCCCCCCCUCCUCCACCCUCAACAACAGUGCCGAGAGAGAGAGAGAGCUUGAUUGAAGAGCGAUGGAAACCCUACUGAUGGAUCGAGUGCAGAGCAGUCUCCGCCUUUUCAUGCCCAAGAAUGCCAUCUUCCUCUGUGAACGCCUCUGCGCCGAGUUCCCUACCGAGUCUAAUUUGCAACUUCUGGCGAACUGUUACUUGGGCAACAACCAAGCUUACUGUGCAUACCAUAUUCUGAAAGGAAAGCAGAUGCCCCAGUCUCGCUAUUUGUUUGCUAUAUCAUGCUUUCAGAUGAAUCUUCUCCGGGAGGCUGAAGCAGCAUUAUCCCCUGCCAAUGAACCUAACUCGGAGGUUCCAAAUGGUGCUGCUGGUCAUUAUCUAUUGGGACUUAUUUAUAGGUAUACUAGCAGACGGUCAAGUGCUGUUGACCACUUUACGCAAGCUCUGUCCAUAGAUCCACUUCUAUGGGCUGCUUAUGAGGAACUAUGUAUACUCGGUGCUGUGGGAGGUGCAAGUGACUACUUCAGUGACGUCGCUGCUUCUCGCAUCCAACAGCAGUACUUAUCUGAAUCAAGUUCUCACAAAAUAAGCAUUGGUGAUGAGGAUCGCAGUAUACAGUCUAGUAGGGUACUUGGUUUAAAUGAUUCAAGCCCAAAGCAGCCGAAAAAUCUGCACUCUAACAGCAUCAAAGAAAUCAGUAAUACUCAUGUAGUGAUGGCGGCUGGGCAGGCUGCAAACAGUGGGUCUUCCAACCUGUCACUGUAUAACACACCGUCUCCAGUAGCUUCACAGCUAUCAGGCAUAGCACCACCACCUCUGUGCAGAAAUGGCUUCUUCAACGCUGUCAGCUGUGACGGCUCUAGUAAACCAGCUGCUAAUGCUGCAAUUCUGGCCCCCAGGAGGAAAGCUAUGGAGGAAGGGAGAUUGCGCAAGGUAUCUGGGAGACUCUUUUCUGAUUCAGGUCCUCGACGAAGUACAAGACUUUCUGGAGAAGCAACUGCUGGUAUAAAUUCCAAUGCCUCACAAGCAGGAGGAGGAACUGGGACUAAUCAUUCUUCAUCAUCUAGAUUUCUUGGAGGAUUCUCUUCAUCAUCUUCUAAAACUAGUUCAGCUGCCUUCCGGACCAUGACAGGUCGUAAGGGACCAUCAUGCAUUUCUGAAAGUUUUGAUGAAGGUAGGAGGAAAACAGAGGUUUUUGGCGAUUCCUGUGGAGAGGAUGCUUCGGCAACAAUGUCAUCUGUAGCAAUUUUUGUUGAUUGUAGAUAUCUUGAAGAAGAUAAGAUUAAUUUACAUGCUGGUGGGUUAUCUGUGCAUGAUUCAAAACUGAUAAAUGGCAUCCGAGAACUAUUGGGACUCUUGCGUACUCUUGGGGAAGGCUAUAGAUUUUCUUGUAUGCAUAGAAGUCAGGAAGCUUUGGAAGUUUAUCAAAAGCUUUCACAGAAUCAAUAUAAUACUGGAUGGGUGCUUUCUCAGAUAGGGAAAGCACAUUUUGAAAUGGUAGACUAUUUUGAGGCUGCUCGCUUCUUUGAUUUGGCACGUCGAGUGUCACCAUACUCAUUAGAAGGGAUGGACAUUUAUUCGACUAUCCUUUAUCAUUUGAAAGAGGAAAUGAAGCUGAGCUACCUUGCGCAAGAACUUAUAUCCACUGAUCGAUUAGCUCCUCAGGCAUGGUGUGCCAUGGGAAACUGCUAUAGCUUGCAGAAAGAUCAUGAAACUGCGCUAAAAAAUUUCCAGCGAGCAGUGCAUUUAGAUUCCAGAUUUGCUUAUGCUCACACUCUUUCUGGCCAUGAAUAUGUUGCUUUGGAAGACUUUGAGAAUGGCAUAAAAUGCUACCAAAGAGCUCUUCAAGUAGAUGAAAGGCAUUAUAAUUCCUGGUAUGGCCUUGGGGUGAUAUACCUAAGGCAGGAGAAGUUCCAGUUUGCGGAGCAUCACUUCCGAAGAGCUUUCUUUAUUAAUCCACGGUCAUCUGUUCUUAUGUGCUAUCUUGGAAUGUCUUUGCAUUCUUUGAGGAGAAAUGAGGAAGCACUGGAGAUGAUUGAGAAAGCUAUCUUGGCUGAUCCGAAGAAUCCACUCCCUCUAUAUCAAAAAGCAAACAUAUUACUAAGCCUUGAAAGAUAUGAUGAGGCUCUAAUGAAUUUGGAUCAGCUGAAAGAGUGUGCACCUCAGGAGACCAGUGUUUAUGCGUUGAUGGGUAAGAUAUACAAGAAGCUUAAUAUGCAUGAGAAAGCAAUGUUCUAUUUUGGACUUGCGCUCGAUCUCAAGCCUCCUGCUACUGAUGUUGCUAUCAUUAAAUCAGCCAUGGAAAAGUUGUAUCUACCGGAUGAAAUGGGUGACUCCCUUUAGACUCUUAAACUUGUCAAAGCUGAACGAGGACUGCUGGGUAACAUUAAUUCCAGCAAGCUUGUGCUUUCGAAGAGUACAAAAGAAAGCAGACAGAUCACAAACGACGAAUUUCUGGAGACAGGGUAAUCUCUGUCAAGCAUGCAACAUCAAGCCUUCCAUUUUUGUAGCUUUUAACCCAAUUGUUGUUAGGAUUUAGAUAUUUAGGCAGAGUAGCUCAAAUGUGAGUGAUAGUUGUAAAAGGAAACAUGUAAUUGUGCCUCAAGUGCUUGUAACAUUAUAUCAUGAUGGAAAUCACAGUCGCACUUAUGAUUCAAUUCCAUUGUGGAUAAACAGAACUGAAGAAGAAUGCCCUGCUGAUAAGCAUGUUUAUUUCCCAUUUUGUACAAAUAUACACAAUACAAAAUUUGUCCAGCGAAUGGGUGAAUUGCUCCGGGGUUAGCCCCUUUCAAUUAACAGA